AUGGCGGAGCAGAGCGAAUGGGCCCGGAACCCCGACGCGAGCCAAACUGAGAAUGAGUUGCCGCUCAAAUCAAUCAAUACCGCGGAUAUCGAAGGGCCUGAAUUGCACUAUGCGGGCACCAACGUCAUCAGGGAAACGGUCAAGUCCCCAGAUGAAGUCAUCGAGGAAAUGAGAACGUGGCUGAAGUCUGGAGUUGCCCCCGAUGGCACCCGCAUGAUGACAGAAGAGGCGUGGCAAUGGCAUCAGGACUACUACCAAGUGACUGUCCGGUCGGAUAAACACCACGAGUGUCUGCCAGAAGGUUCUGGAGUCGACUACUACUACUGGGAGACUCCCUACCUGGCUCACGUCGGCAACAUGAAUCUGGUGAUGAUGCAUUCACAAGUCAAUCUCCCCGACGGCACUCACCUGCCUUGCGACCGGCUGAAAGCAGAAGCGCUUCAGUCCAAGCGACUGCGACAGCUAGCAGAGAAGCGAGUGGAGGUGCAGCGUAGGGAAGGAGAAGCGUUCGUCCGGGAAGCCAUGAACCCUCAUGCGCACAUGGGCGCACCUUUUCGUAAAGAGGGAUUGUACACGAAAAUCAUGUACCGACCAUUCCAUCGAACGGAGGAACGUACCGAAGUGGUGAGGGCACCCACCGUGGCGCUCCAGGCAAGAGCUGCAGAGGCAGCUCUGAGGGCCUCCGAGUAA